AUUUAUUGUGUAUUCGAAGCUAGACCAUUCGAAGAAUUUACUGGUUGGCAUCAUACAAAUCCUGAAAUUGAAGACAACUUAAAAAUUGAUCAUAAAUCGUAUUCAUCGCUAGCUAAAACAGAGAAGGCUGAAUUAAUCUUAGAUGGACAAAAAAUUGAAUGUACACUUGGCCAAAGAAGUAAAGUAGUAGAAAUAUCUG